CCUGGCUCUGAUUAAAGCGUGGACUUUCAUCCGAAUAUCUCUCGUUGAAGCUCAUCGCCCUAAGUGUGGAGCGAGUCCUGUUUACCUAGAUCCUGCUACGGAGUCCCAAGGUCACGCCCAGUGUGCGAGCUGCGAGGUCAAAGCAACCAUGAAAUGCGCUGGAUGCUUGGACGCUCCAGUAUACCCACCGGAAGAACGGGUUGAUACUGUAUACUGCAACCGCGACUGUCAAAAGGUACAUUGGUCGGUGCAUAAGGCUCAUUGUCGUACCCUGGGAAGCCGCAAGAAAUUACUCCGGGUCGCCGUCAUACUCAAGGUCGCUCUGUUGACGUACAGAGAGGUUCGGUACGACAUUGAUCUCCGAAGGAUAGCAGUUCACGACGGAGUGCUUUGUUUGUAUCAGAAUCAGAGGCCAGCCACCACUCGGUGCAGGCGUGGUCGCUUUCCCGCUCAUCUCACCUCGAAUAAUGCUCACAGGGAGGCUGCCUUAGCAAACAAUCAAUGUACAACGGCUAUGGCACUUCUCGGUCGACUCACACGAAAGCUUCUCAAAGGCGUAACUUCCACCAUCAAUAUAUUGGAUGUUCAGAUUGGAAAGCCGACAACCCGCACCAAACUCGUACCGGGCCCGGAUGCUAGCAACUGUCCGCACACAGUGUUAAAAGUGAAACUUUCUGGUAAUGAGGCAUGGAUUAUCGAUACGGCAGGAUGCCAGUAUGGAUUCGAAGAGGUACUCGUGCCAUUUGAGACAUACAUGACCGAGAAAUCAUGCACUAUUGCAAGCGCCCCCGCACCCUACGACGCUACCGAAACUAAGGAUUUGGACUACUUCUCUACUCUUCCUUUCAUGAAUAAGACCAAAGCGCAGCGAGGAGAUAGAGAACAGGAACGCCGGGCACGUAUGCACUUCGCUGAAUUCGUCAGCAUUCAUGUUAGCCGGGAUAUCAUUAACGGUUCUGUGGCCGAGUUUGAGAGGAAUUGUGACAGAUUUGCGCGAGAUCUAACGGCCCAUAUGCUGGCUCUGACAUGA